AUGUACCCGAGCCGCGGGACCAUAGACGUGUCAUGUUACCGAGCGCGGACCAUAGAGUGGUCAUGUACCGGAGCGCGGACCAUAGAGCGCGUGGUCAUGUACAGAGCGCGGACCAUAGACGCGGGACGCGGUGGGUUCAUGUACAGAGCGCGGACCAUAGACGUGGUCAUGUACCUGUACGCUGCGGACCAUAGACUGCGCGUGGUCAUGUACGAGCGGCGGGACAUAGGACGCGCCGUGGGUCAGUGUACCGGCGCGACCAUAGACGGCGCGUGGUCAUGUACGAGCGCGGACCAUAGACGCGCCGUGGUCAUGUAUCGAGCGCGGACCAUUAGUCGGCGCGUGGUCAUGUACGAGCGGGGGACAUAG